AUGGUGAUCAUCAUGGACGACGUGAGGGAGUCCAUAAAAGGGAGAGAACAGGAGAUUGAAGAGAGACAUUCCGAUCCAAUUGGCGUGAAGAUCGGAGGGCUUGAGACGGGCUGUAAGUCGAGUAAAAUAUUAAUGGAAGCCGUCACUAUUGCAAUCGAUACGUCAACCUCAGAACAUUCGAAUCCCCUCAUCUCAUCCAGAAUUCCGUCUUUUGAUUGGCGCGCCACCCCAUCCCAGUCGAUGCCCAUAAAUUCAUAG